UUUUAUUAUUUUUUAAAUCAAAUAUUGAACUUAAAAACGUGUCUUUAUUUAAGAAAUAUAUACAUGUAAUAAUAUGUAUUCAUAAAUAUAGUCCUAUAUUAGUCUUUAUCCUCAAAUAGUUUAUCCCAAACAUCCCUACCACAAGUCUCAACGUGACACUUCCUUGUUUUUCGAAAAGUUUUAUUUGGUACUAGUUGGCUAUCUAUGGCUAGCACAAUUUGACAUGGAUCCUGUUGGAAUAUGAGAUGAGGUGCAUUGAUUAACAUUUCUUCAACUUUAAAGUUUAGCUUAGGUUGUCCAUGGCUGUAAAUAUAGGCUAGAUACAUUGAGAAGUCUAAACUAGCAGGGGAAGAUGUUAUCCGCGGCCAACGAAGAUUUCAGGGUGAAGUUUCCACUACAUUCCUUAGUCUGGGAAAAUGAUUACAGGAAAUUGGAAAACGACUCAACAAAGGAGAUUGAAAAUACAAGCGGCAGAACCUACCAGUGCUGCAAAAAGUUGGGUAAACAACACUUUCCUGUGUGUACCCUAUCUCCACCUCCUAACUUCAAAAGGACCAACAGCAUGUACAACCGGUAAAAACGACGUAGAGGCUGUGGAUCCCAGGGGAAGGACACCGCUCCACCUGGCUGUGUCGCUGGGCCACCUGGAGUCGGUGAGAGUGCUUCUGAGAAAUGGCGCUGAAGUUACCAAAGAGAAUGCCAAGAAUUGGACAGUGCUGCAGGAGGCAGUCAGCACCGGCGACCCAGAGAUGGUUCAGCUAGUGCUCCAGCGGCGAGACUACCUCAAAGCCUCUACAGCUCUGGGAGGAGUGCCUGAGCUUCUGAGCAAGAUCCGUGAGUCCCCAGAUUUCUACAUGGAAAUGAAAUGGGAGUUCACAAGUUGGAUCCCUCUCGUUUCCCGGGUUUGUCCCAGUGACGUGUGUCGGAUCUGGAAGAGUGGGGCCAGCCUGCGCGUGGACGCCACUCUGCUAGGCUUCGAGAACAUGACCUGGAUUAGAGGUCGUCGGAGCUACAUUUUCAGGGGAGAUGAUGCCUGCACAGAGUUGAUGGAGGUGAACCAUGAUGAACAGGUGGUGGACACGGAGCGCUUUGACAUCUCCAGGGAGAUAGAAGACGUAACGCUGGACUCCAUGCAACCUGCAGAACAGGAAGUGGCCAAGCGGCUGACCACGCCCAUUGUCAAUACCUUUCUGGACACCAGGGACAUUGCUUUUGAGAGAAAUAAAUCUGGGAUUUGGGGUUGGAGGAGUGACAAAACGGAAGUUGUUAAUGGUUUCGAGGCGAAGGUUUUCACUGUGAACAAUGUAAACGUGGUGAUCCGGACGAGGACAGAGCAUCUCACCGAUGAGGAGAAGGCUAGAAUAAAAAGUGAGAGGAAUAUUCUGGAGUCUCUUCUGGGCACAGUGGAGCAGCAGAUAAGUGCUCAAGGGGACCUCACUCUGGAGUACGCGACAGCCAACAACCCCACCGCCAUCACACCAGAGGAGUACUUUGACCCUGCGUUUGACCUUGAAGACCGAGACAUUGGCCGGCCCAUUGAACUUACCAUCCGAACCCAGAAGUUCAAGGGUACAUUGUGGAUGAGCGAGGAACACCCCCUCUCCCUGGUGGAGCAGGUCACCCCCAUCAUCGAUCUCAUGGCCCGGACCAGCACCCACUUCGCCCGGCUGCGGGAUUUUGUCACCCUCAAGUUCCCUCCAGGGUUCCCUGUAAAAAUAGAGAUUCCCCUAUUCCAUGUGCUCAACGCCCGCAUUUCAUUUGGCAGUGUCAACAAAUGCACUACGGGCGAACCCUUGGAGACACCCCCCUCCGCUGCCACACCGGAGGAGGAGGAGGAGGAGGAGGUGAGGGAGGAGGGAGGCUGCGGCGAAGCUGCAGUUCCCCCUCUAUUCCAGGUGUGCCCGUCUGUGUUUGAGGUGCCCUCACACUACCGCCACCGAGGAGGGGGUGGCAGCCGCCACACGCCGGUGUCAAAUCAUGACGAGGAGCUACUGCAGUAUGCCAUCCACCAGAGUCUGCUGGAGUCCGGUGGGGGAGCCCCGGGACAGGAAGUGACCUGGGAGGAUGCCAAUGGUGACCUCACAGACCCCAUACUCAGUAGCCAGAGUGACGGGUACACCAAAAGCAUCCCAGAGGGGGUGCUGGUGGACUUGGGAGAAACCACGUCGAGUCAGGCGAGCUCGGGCACCUCGGCCUCCAGCCCCGACACUGACCUCCGCAUGGCCAUGGUGCUGUCGGCCCGGGCCCAGGCCGAGGAGGAAAGGAGGAGGAAGGAGGAAGAGGAGGAGCUGGAGAGGAUAUUGCAGCUCUCGCUCACAGAGAAGUAAAAAAAGGAAAAUAGGAGGGAAAAAAUAAUAAUUAAGGCCACGCCUUGCCAUAACUGCAUUAACAUUUCGUUGAUCAAGAAGCGGCCACCACCACACCCCCAAUCCAGCCCCACCCCACCCUCCUUCACUACAAUCUGCCAUGACACCGGAAAAACAUCCAUGUAACAUAUGUCAAAUAAAACCAUCUGUAUUUAAUACUUUAAUACCUAUUUUUGGUUUUAAAAAAAAAAAACGAACAGAACAGAUGUAUUGCUAGAUUUGUAUUUCUAUAUAACACUUAGGCUCUGUCUUAAAAGUGUAGAGGCUGUCAAAUCCUUGAUUCCUCCCGUCCUUUUAAAACAGAGCCAAAGCCACUCCGCUCUCCCGAAGAGGUAUCCAGGUAUUCUUUGAUAUUAUUUUGGGAAGGAUUUCCAUUGAAGUGUAAGGGUUCCAACAAGUGAUUGUGUUUGUUGGGUGUUGUGAAGAUCCGUUUAAACUUGGGACCGGUAGCUGCUUUAGUUGUGACUCUGGAAGGUUGUUGUUUUUAGAGCCCUGGGUCAAUUUCAUUAGGCACCAAAUGGACGGGAGCAGAAUGAAACCGGGAGGGGCUACCUGCACAUUUUCAGUUUCCUGUUGCAAAAAGUUUUUAAAACAUGUUUUAUUUUUUUAUUAAGAUGACCCUGGAAAUAGCAUUCCAGUCACACAGCCAUUCGAAAGAUUGAAUAUCUCAGGGUUCCAUUGUUCUACAGUCCCUCUGAAACUAGUGAAAGUGCAGUAUGUUAGUUUAUUGUGGACACAUCGAACAUGGUUUUCUGGUCAUCAAUAUGGAUUUUUUUUUCUACUUUGAACAGAAUGUCAUCAAACAUUAUGACUUGCUGGUGCUUCCAACCCUUUUUCUUCUCGUGCUGCAAGAAUUCAUGUUUUGUAUUCGUGUUGUCAUUGACACAAUGUUAAAAUGAAAGUGAACUACAUGAUCUUUCAAACAGGUUUUGACUUGCCCCAGAAACCAGGUUUUAUUCAAUUGUGCUAAGGGCUUGUUAUGCAAGAGGGUAUGAUCUUGUUGGCCAUGGUCACUGGGCACCAUCAAGCAUCAGAACCUCAACAAAGCAAUAGCAGAAGCCGCUGUGCCUACCUGUGGAUGGCAAAGGAGCAUACACACGGUUCAGUGGUGCUCGCAAACAAACAAGGUCGAAAACAUUGAUUAUCGUAGGCAAUGUCUAACACUUUCCUUUCUUAAAUGUCAAAGAAUCUGUCCAUUAGACUUCAAACUCAACAGGGUUCUAAGGACUCCUGUUAGGGCUGUCUUUUAAUUUUUUUUAUAUUGAAACUACAGAGACCUGUGAACUGAGUGACGUGUCAGAUCUGCUCCAUGUAGCAUCAUUUUGUACUGAAGGAAGCGGUCCCCUCUAACAUUCCCAAUCCCAAAUAGAGCUUUACCUACAGUGCCUUUGGGAAGUAUUCACACACCUUGACUUUUUCCACAUUUUUUUAUUCUAAAAUUGAUUCAAUUGUUUUUUUUCCCUCAUCAAUCUACACACAAUAACACAAUGACAAAGCAAAAACAGUUAUUUAUAAAUAAAGUAUUCAGACCCUUUACUCAGUACUUUGUUGAAGUACCUUUGGCAGCGAUUACAGCCUCGUGUCUUUUUGGGUAUGACGCUACAAGCUUGGCACCUGUAUUUGGGAAGUUUCUCCCAUUCUUCUCUGCAGAUCCUCUCAAGAUUUGUUAGGUUGAAUGGGGAGCAUUGUUACACAGCUAUUUUCAGGUCUCUCCAGAGAUGUUCGAUUGGGCUCUGGCUGGGCCACUCAAGGACAUUGAGACUUGCCCCAAAACCACUCCUGUGUUGUCUUGGCUAUGCUUAGGGUCGUUGUCCUGUUGGAAGGUGAACCUUCGCCCCAGUCUGAAGUCCUGAGCACUCUGGAUCAGGUUUUCAUCAAGGAUUUCUCUGUACUUUGUUUCGUUCAUCUUUGCCUCGAUCCUGACUAGUCUCCCAGUCCCUGCAGCUGAAAAACAUCCCCACCGCAUGAUGCUGUUACCACCGUGCUUCACCGUAGGGAUGGUGCCACGUUUCUUCCAGACGUGAUGCUUGGCAUUCAGGCCAAAGAGUUCAAUCUUGGUUUCAUCAGACCAGAGAAUCUUGUUGCUCAUGGUCUGAGAGUCUUUAGCUGCUAUUUAGCAAACUCCAAGCAGACUGUCAUGUGCCUUUUAUUGAGGUGUGACUGAUUGGUGGAGUGCUGCAGAGAUGGUUAUCCCAUCUCCACAGAGGAACUCUAGAGCGCUGUCAGAGUGACCAUCGGGUUCUUGGUCGCCUCCCUGACCAAGGCCCUUCUCCCCCGAUUGCUCACCUUGGCCGGGCGGCCUGCUCUAGGGAGAGUCUUGGCGGUUCCAAAAAUCUUCCAUUUAAGAAUGAUGGAGGCCACUGUGUUCUUGGUGACCUUCAAUGCUGCAGACAUUUUUUGGUUCCCUUCCCAGAUCUGUGCCUCGACACAAUACUGUCUCGGAGCUCUGCGGACAAAUUCUUCGACCUCAUGGUUUGGUUUUUGCUCUGACAUGCACUGUCAACUGUGGGAGCUUAUAUAGACGUGUGUGCCUUUCCAAAUAAUGUCUAAUCAAUUGAAUUUACCACAGGGGGACUCCAAGUUGUAGAAACAUCUCAAGGAUGAUCAAUGGAAACAAGAUGCACCUGAGCUCAAUUUCGAGUCUCAUACCAAAGGGUCUGAAUACUUACAUAAGGUAUUUCUAAAAACCUGUUCACUUUGUCAUUAUAGAGUAUUGUGUGUAGAUUGCUGAGGAUUUUUUUGUUGUAUUUAUCCAUUUUAUAAUAAGGCUGUAACGUAAUAAAAUGUGGAAAAAGUCAAGGGGUCUGAAUACUUUCCAAAGGCACUGUUAUGCUCUUGUGCAGACCUGAGAUGAUUUGAUAGGUAUACUCGAUAUGGUAAUAAAAUUGAACUUGCCCUCUGAUGGACUAGGGAAAUAAAAAAAAAUCGUAUUGCCAAUUAUAUCUCCACAAGUGCAUAGUAGGGUCUUGAUUCCAUUUGGGCUUGGGCCACAGACAUGAUUUGGUUGGGAGGAUCAGUGUUCUACUGCUACUCAGGCCAGACCUACUAAAGACAGCAGAGAAUAUUUGAAAUAUCUCAUCUUUAAAGCUGUGAUCAAGGGGCUUAAAAAAAGUUUUCCGUCCAGUGGUGUUGCUGGACGUAAAAUGAAUUAACCAAUGCAGUUAAUUACACUGAUAACAAACAGCACUUUGGACAUGUUACUGAUGUGUCCUUUCGUCUGUUUUCUGGGGACUAGAGCUCAAAACGGCUAAUGAUCAAGUUGCCAAACAGCAGAACAUUCUCUAAAGUACCUGAGUUCACUUUGAUUAGAUUUCUGGGGAACAGUCUUCGUACUGCUUAAUUUGCUAGCAGGUAAGCUUAUUUUUUCUAACAGAAUUCAAGAAAGCAUUUGUUAACUGUGAUGUUGGUUUCAAAUGGUUUUCUUUUCUUAAAUAAAUGCACUUUAUUUCAA